AUGGACUUUGUGGAACACGAUGACGAAUACUUUGAUUUCGUCUAUCACGAACAACCUUCGCUGGAAACCAUUCCUGAAUCCUCAUCGUGCCAUCAUUCGUCGUCUUACAACCACUAUCAUCAUUACCAUAAUCAUCACCACAAGUAUUGGACGAGGGUCAGAUUUCUCAAAUAUCUAUCAAUACUGAUUCUACAAUAUGCUGUUCUAUCGGUGGUCUUUCAAUAUCAAUGGAACCUUCAACACCCACCGACACUACCUCCAGAGUAUUACCAACUAGAUGAUGACGCUUACAUGCAUAAAUCCUUUCUUCAGGCUUCCAAACCUCCAGAAGCAACCUUGGUAACUAGUGACGACAGCAAGAAAUCCAUCAUUACAACGAUUGAUGGCACUGACACGAGUAGUGGUAGUCAUCUAUUGAGCAUCAGCACCACCUCAGCCAAGAAUGGCACCACCGAGCGAGAAAUGGUUCCUAAUGAAGCUGAUAAUUCCCUCCCUAGCAACGACUCAGUAUCUGACGUUGGUGGCGACGGAAAUGAAACCUUGGUCCACGAGGAACCACCGCAAGAAGAAGGCCAACUGAGGAUGGAAACGGCAAAACCCACCGCCAAGGUCACCCAACCUACUGUCCAUGAAAACCCACAGCAAAAAGAAGCCCAAUUGACGAUAGAAACGGCAAAACCCACCGCCAAGGUCAUCCAACCUACUGUCCAUGAAAACCCGCCGCAAAAAGAAGCCCAAUUGACGAUAGAAACGGCAAAACCCACCGCCAAGGUCAUCCAACCUACUGUUCCGUUGAAUUUGCUUCCCAGGACAGAACUCCAUUUCUAUGAUUACUUUUCCGACUCCUGGCUCAUUACCAAGGACAACUUUCUUCAACUGAAUACAACUGCCAUGGGCCAUCCGGAACAAGCUUGCUUCCAAGCCAUUCGAAAACCUAAUUUUUACAUCCACCCGACCUCAAAAAUGUUUGUGGAUUGGACUGAUUUCAUGGUGGAGCACAUGUCCAAAUGGUGGGGAGUCUUCCGGAUUGCCCGGGAUGACGAUCCAACCAUGUUUAAGCACGUCGUUGACAUCUUGGACAACUACCUAAUGAAGCAAUCUUCCGCUUACAAUGACGAGCUUGACACCAGUCACGAAGAAAUUUCCUCCCUUCCGCCCCUUCACCGCACAUUGGCCAUGAUUGCCUUUCGAGAAUACCAAACCGGAUUGCAUCCUGCACGAGGUCCCAUACUAUCUUCUCAUGUGCUCGCAGCCACGUUGGCCUCGUUGAUUCCAAUGGGAUUUGGACGCAUCCUCAUGGUGGGAUAUGAUCCCGAUGACCGAACCCGUGUCUUUGAAGCCUUGGAGAUAAUCGAGGCAUCCUACAAGGGGGCUGCAAUGAAGCAUCCCAAACAUUCCAACUUUUUUUCCUUGACCUUGGGUUCUACCGAGUUUGCCUAUGCCAAGAUCCCCAAAGAACAUUGGGUCAAGACGCGUGCGUACGACUCCAAUGUUCCGCGAGGAGCCUUGCGUGGCGUCCAGUUGGCUGUUCAAGGGAACCUGACCGAGUUGGAGGCACAUGGUACUACAAUUGAAGAAUGGUUGGGCAUGAAGUACGAUGCAUCGUAUUGGAAGUAUUUUUACUUGACCGAACCAGAUACAAUCUUGCACACGAAGCAAGAGCUCUUGCCAUCGAUGCGCGAAGGAUUGGAUCGGGGAUUGUCCUUUUUCCCGCACCGACUCCAACCCAUUCCGCACGAACACGAUCUGCCAGUUGAUAAGAUAGCAUUGGAUCGUCGUCUUGAUGGUCGGGAUCGUCCCAGUUGGGAAUUGCCUUACGACGAGCAGCAAGAAUCGAAGCAUCAUGACAAUGAGAACAGCCAUCCAAGUCGGAAACACUUUUCAGACCGCUAUGCGGGCAUGUACCUUCCAGCCAAUGUCCCACCAUUUUCCAACAUUACCAUUCUGGAUUCAAAGAACAAACCAGAAGAGUAUCAUUGUUGUGACGGUGGAAAGGGUUGGCCCGGACGGUCCGAAGAAUUUGGGACUGACCAAAAUCCAUGCAACGGCAAAUCCUGGUGGGCCUGUGGCUUUGUGGGCGAGGGUCGACAGUCCAAAUCUGCUGACCGAGUACAAGAACUUCACAAACGAUUGAUUCCAUACCCGCUCAUGUCGUUGGAACAAGGCACGGGUGUCAUUUUUGGUCCAACCAAUGCCGGACGACGAUGUUUCCCAUCCCACUCACCCUGUCCCAAUCGAGAGGUGCAUGUCCUUCCCGCUUCAUGA